UGCUUUGGCUGCACCUUCCCAGCAUGAUCCUGUCCACCAAUGUGACUUGGGUUCCUCUGUGUGUUGACUUUGACUCUGCGGGGGACUAUUUUCUCUUCAUUUUUCACAUCAUGGCUGGGAUCAGCACCGUGCUCGUAGCGGGCUCCGUGGUGUGCGGCAUCCUUUCCAGCCGGGCACUUUUAAAACAACACCGCUUCUUAUUCAUGCUGAACACCAGCGUCUCUGACACGUUGUCUGGAUGUGGCAUUUUCUAUCUGUUUCUGUUUGAUGUCAGGGAAAACUACCCAACCAAAAACGGGAGUUUUUACAUUUUACCCUCUCUGCUCGGUGUUAAUAUCAUGACGUUUCUAUUCGCACAGUUUGAUCGAUAUUUUGCUGUUUGUCAUCCCUUCUUUUAUGCUCGUUUCAUCACCACUAAGGUUGUUAUCUGUGUGAACGCCUACAGCUGGCUGCACGUUUAUGGCAUAUUGGUGCUCCAGCGCGUGCUCCCACUGUCUAAAGCCACAGACAUUGCAGUUUACAGCAGAAUGAGCCUCUUAGUAAUUAUUGUCACCAAAGUGUCAAUGACUAUUAAGCUGUUUGUCGUGGCCAGAUACCAGCUGCUCCGAGACCCUCCGGGACCGGAGAGAGACGGUAAGAAAGAAUCCCUGCUAAUCAUGGUAGUUGUGGUUGUGUUUUUCCUGUUCUUCUGGGGUCCGAGCAUCCUCUACACGAUUCUGUCCACACUAAUAGGAAAGUACAUAUUCUUCAAAAACAAUGCAGUCAAUCCUCUAAAGAUCCUAUCCAGGAGCAACGCUCUGUGCACUCCGUCUCUGUACCUGUGGGCGAGCCCCUCGCUCCGAGCGGCCGUGUGGAAGGCCGUGUGGAGCAGAAUCUGCAAAACUCACAAAUGGUCUAUUAAGGUUUCAAAAAUCAAUGUGAUACUUUAAGCUUUCAGGCUUCCACACAGGAUUCAAUUCAGCGCUCCC